UGUACAUGCGAUUGGCUGAUUAUCGAGGCUCCUGGUCGUCCUGGCCAAGGGGCUCAAGCGAGCUCUGUCUGAGGACCUCUUUUUUCUCUUCCCCCAGAUACUUGAUAAUCCUGCCAUGUGCCACUCCUGGUGACGGCUCUUCUGUUUCGAAUUCUCUUCUCGUUUUGUUUUGCUAUCAACUGGCCGGCCCAGCACUUUCCUUCUACAUACAGACUGACUUGGUUUUAUAUUUGUUUCUUACCCCCUUCCUUCUGUUUCCUUUCGGGUCUCGUCCUUCACUGAAACUCUCAAAACACUCUUGCCAAUUGUUCCAAGAGACAUAUACGACGAUCAUGGUUCCUCUUUUUAGCCCCUCUGGCUUUGGUCGUUUCAAGGAUAGUCAUAGCCGUUUGACUGCGAGCGCUUCACAAAAGUCGGUGCCUUCGCCAAUGCCAUCACCCUCGCAGCCUUCGCCUGAACCAAUGGCGACUGUACUUAUUGGCCCCAAGCAACAGCGCUUCAAGGUCAAUAAGCGGCUGUUAUGUGCAACCUCGCCCUUCUUUGCCGACCGUUUUGGUGAUCCUUCAAGCUCAAAGUCGAUCUCGUUAUGGCUACCUCGCGAAUCAUCCUCAAUGUUCGGUCUGUUUGUUGACUGGGUUCACCUCGGUCUUCGGUUUCGUCCACAUCUUGAUGAGAUGAUAUCUAAUGCAUACGAUGCUGGUCUUGAAGCUUCUCAAAAUAUCCACUGGUCUCUCAUCCGCUUGCACCUCUUUGCAUCACGUCUUGGACUCUAUCGACUCCAGGACCUCGCCAUGGACUCCAUUCAGGACCUCUACCUUCGCUGCGAUUGGGACGUUCCCUCUGGUCUCAUUACUUUCCUCUACACAGAAUGCGAGGAUCUCGCUGCUGUCCGACUUCGAAGAUGGGCUGUAGCCAUGGUCGCCUUCUCCUUCACUGGUGGGCCCCGUCUCACCUUCCACCCUCAGGAAUCUGCUACUUCGGAACCCACCCGCUUCAGUGAUCUACUAGAAGAGCUGCCGGAGUUUGCAAGCGACUAUGACAUACAUAUGGAAAAGAUGCGGCUCUCAGGUCUCGAUAUUCGCUUCAAGAACCCACAGCUGCGCAUUCCAGCCAAUCGCCUCCGCAAUGAUGAACGCGCAUUUGGGUUCCGCCAAUGUUCCUUUCACUCCCAUCGCUCAAGCGUCGGCGAGCGACGAUGCCCUCACGAAUCAGGCUCAACAAAACACCGCCGUGUUUACCAAUCAUCGGUCAAGGAAUCAGGGCCAGAAUCCACAGGUCUGAGCGCCCCAACCCGGAGAUAUCGCGAUGUCGUGCCCAGACCACUCUUUUCCGGGCCAGUAGACUCAGAUAUCGGCGAGGACGACGAUGACGAGAUUUCAAAAGCGAUAAAGCAUGUAAGAUCUAUUUCAAGUACACUCAAGACUUGAAGGGAGACAAUCAUUGCUAAAGAGAGAGUGGCUGAUGAGAAUGAAUCCCGCAAGGGGGCUGGGUGUGAAACUGAUCUGCUCGAUCGCCAUCAUGGCUCCUCCAUUGAUCUCAAACAGCCCCAAGACAACUCACAGAAACUUGACUUAAAAUUUGAUCAUCGAGAUCAAACAGGACGAGAACUGGAUUAGAUGUCGGCGAAAUGAACGAGACACAUCUUGGUGGUGAGCAUACCUAAAAAGAGCCUGAUUAUUUUCUGUACCCGAGGGGGGCUAAACCAGCUCUGUUCUCGAGCACGUCCGGAAAGUCGCACCGCUGCCUCUCGGCUAGGAAGCUCGAGGACCUUUAUAUAUCGCCUCAUGUCUGUGACAUGGGCCUUCGUCAUACGACGAUACAGGCUGUUCCACCAGUUCUUUGUUUUUCCUUUUCUUAUUUUUAUAUAUAUACGCAAUCUAGCCAGGUCUCCUGGAGAGAGUUGGCCAAAGUUCAAGCGAGUCUUGAGAGCAAGAUAAUAUUCUUUGUAAAAUAGUAUUUAAUGUACAUAACGACAAGAUAUCCUAUCAUAACAAGAG